AAUAACAACAACAACAAAAUGACAUGCAACAGCCAAACGGAUGGUAAGAAUGGCGACAGCCGUCGCAGCAGCAGCCUGGAACCGGAUGCAGACGACGUUGUCGACUUGGCCCACGGCGGAGCCUUCGAUGACGAUAUGCAGGCACUGCUGCCCAAAUGCACGCGACGCUCGAGAGAUGAGCUCAGUCAGUCACGCACAUCUCUCGUCUCUAGCUCGGAGGGCGGCAUUCUGGCCGAGGGCGAGACAUCCAGCGAGGAGAGCUCUCGCGAUUCCAGCAACGAUUCGCCGCCCUGCGAUUUGGGCCUGAUGGAGCGAUUGCUUCUAACGCAUCCCAUGUGGUUUCUGCCCGGCAUUCAGCGCUCCGGUGCCGUGCACCUGCUCCAGGGCAAAGAGGAGGGGGUGAGUGUUGAUAAUUAUGAAUAUAUUGAUAGCGCUUAAUGAGGCAAUUGCGAG